AUGGCGCUCACCUUUAGAGCUGCGGCACAGUGGGCUGGGAUUUCAUUGUCUUUGCUGGGAUGGGUUUUAUCCUGCCUCACCAACUACCUGCCCCAGUGGAAAGACCUCAACCUGGAUUUAAAUGAAAUGGAGACCUGGACCCUGGGCCUCUGGCAAACCUGUGUCGUCCAAGAGGAAGGUGGGAUACAGUGCAAGACCUUCGAUUCUUUCCUGGCUCUGCCUGCUGAACUCAGGAUCUCCAGGAUUUUAAUGUUUCUGUCCAACGGGCUGGGAUUUCUGGGCCUGCUGGUCUCUGGCUUUGGCCUGGACUGCCUGAGAGUUGGAGAGAGUCAGCAGGCUCUGAAGAAGCAGCUGCUGAUCUUGGGGGGCAUCCUGCUCUGGACAGCAGGCAUCUCGGUCUUGGCUCCUGUUUCCUGGGUCGCCCACAUGACGGUGCAGGCGUUUUGGGACGAGACGGUCCCGGAGAUCGUGCCUCGGUGGGAGUUUGGGGAUGCCCUGUUUCUCGGCUGGUUCGCUGGUUUUUUCCUGCUCCUGGGAGGCUGUCUGCUGAACUGUGCAGCCUGCUCCUCCCGGCCCCCUCUAGUUUCGGGCCACUAUGCAGCGGCGGAAAUGCAGUAUCACUGCCAACACCUGGAGAUGAAAACCACCCACCUGAGGAUCUGA